AUGGCGGCGCGGUGCUCUACACGCUGGUUGCUGGUGGCUGUGGGGACCCCGCGGCUGCCGGCUGCAGCGGGGAGAGGGGCCAGGCCACCCAUUCGGGGCGUGGUAGGGGCGUCGCUGGGACGCAAUUUGAGCGUCACCGCCUUCCCGCCUUCCCUGGGAGGUCGCGGUCCCGGGGCGCUGCUGACAUUGAGACCCGGUGUCAGCUUCACAGGAGUAAAACGGUACCCUUUUGUUUGUACUGCCUCUUUCCACACGAGCACCCAUUUGGCUAAAGAAGAUUAUUACCAGAUAUUAGGAGUGCCCCGGAGCGCCAGCCAGAAGGAGAUCAAGAAAGCAUAUUACCAGCUUGCCAAAAAAUACCACCCAGACACGAACAAGGAUGAUCCCAAAGCCAAGGAGAAGUUCUCCCAGCUGGCAGAGGCCUAUGAGGUCCUGAGCGAUGAAGUGAAGAGGAAGCAGUAUGACACCUAUGGCUCCGCUGGCUUCGAUCCCGGGGCCGGCAGCUCUGGGCAGAGCUACUGGAAAGGAGGUCCCACUGUUGACCCAGAGGAGCUCUUCAGGAAGAUCUUUGGGGAGUUCUCAUCCUCCUCUUUUGGCGAUUUCCAGAGUGUGUUCAAUCAGCCUCAGGAGUACAUCAUGGAGUUGACGUUCAAUCAAGCUGCCAAGGGCGUCAACAAAGAGUUCACCGUGAACAUCACCGACACCUGUGAGCGGUGUGACGGCAAAGGCAACGAGCCCGGCACCAAAGUCCAGCACUGCCACUACUGCGGUGGCUCCGGCAUGGAAACCAUAAACACAGGCCCUUUUGUGAUGCGCUCCACGUGUCGGAGGUGUGGCGGCCGGGGCUCCAUCAUCACGUCUCCCUGUGUGGUGUGCAGAGGAGCAGGACAGGCCAAGCAGAAGAAGAAGGUGGUGAUCCCCGUGCCUGCCGGAGUCGAAGAUGGCCAGACUGUGAGGAUGCCUGUAGGAAAACGAGAAAUUUUCAUCACAUUCAGGGUGCAGAAAAGCCCCGUGUUCCGGAGGGACGGUGCAGACAUCCACUCAGAUCUCUUCAUCUCCAUAGCUCAGGCCAUCCUUGGGGGCACCGCCAGAGCGCAGGGCCUGUACGAGACCAUCAACGUGACGAUCCCCCCUGGGACUCAGUCAGACCAGAAAAUUCGGAUGAGCGGGAAGGGCAUCCCGCGGAUUAACAGCUACGGCUACGGAGACCACUACAUUCACAUCAAGAUCAGAGUUCCAAAGAGACUGACAAGCCGACAGCAGAGCCUGAUCCUGAGCUACGCCGAGGACGAGACCGACGUGGAGGGGACGGUGAACGGUGUCACCAGCACAAGCACUGGUGGCAGCACCAUGGAUAGCUCCGCGGGAGGCAAGGCUAGGCCUGAGGCUGGGGAGGACGAGGGAUUCCUUUCCAAACUUAAGAGAAUGUUUACCUCCUGA